AUGGCAUUGCUGAUAAUUGACAGUGAUAAUCUCCCUGGUCUUUGUUUAUACUGUGCAACAAAUUCGCCAAACUCAACUGAUACCUGCUGCUAUAAUUCCAAUGCUGAGACGCGGUGUGAGAACGUUGAUUUGCCAACAGUCACUUCUUUACCCCCAAUAUUUACAACAACUGCAGUUUCCUCGUCAACCAGCACAUCAUCAUCUGGCGCAUCGGGCUCAAGUGGUGGAUCGGGUCUUACUGGGGGACAGAUUGCAGGAAUCACUAUUGGAGCUGUUGCUGGUGUAGCGCUGGUGGUUAUGCUUAUUUUGUUAUAUCGACGCCGGCAAAGAUAUGGGAACUCUCCGCCUACCUUCAACCAACAAUCUCGACAACAUCGAAGCCCCUCAAUGACUUUCAACCCAGUUGCUGCAACAAGCGUACAGGCCCAAGGGUAUGAGGUUCUCACUGGACGGAUUGCGCGAAUGUCAGCGCUUGAAGGGACAGGUGGGGCUUCAGAUAUAGACCUUUCAUCUCCUGGUGUGAUUGGUGGUGCCAGACGUGGACAUAUUCGGGUCGUUGAGAAUUCUUCGUCCUCUGAUUUUGGCUUAGAGGAUAGUCCAAACACCAACCAACCUCGAAGAUACUCGCCUGGUCGGCCCCUACACCCUCCACCCCGUGAUCGAAAUGCAUCUUUAUCCAGCACUUCGAUUCUGAUGUCGGAUAAUUCAUCUCCCGUUACUAGAAGCGACAGGGAUAUGUCAUCCCCUAGAUUUUCUAGUCCACAAUCCGAACAGCUACCAUACUUCAAGGAUUAUUAUUCCCAGGAUGAUAUUCAUCCAAAUGACAAAGUCGCAGUUUUGUGGGCAUACCAGCCCCGAGCCGCCGACGAGUUUGAUUUAGAUCGAGGCGAUAUGCUCAAAGUUGUGGGCAUUUGGGACGAUGGAUGGGCUACUGGUAUUCGCUUGAAUGAAAGAGCAGAAGAUUAUGUAAGCCACCGCCAGCUUCGUGAUAGUGGUGUAUCGGCACAUACUUCACGUGCCAGUCAACGCCGGUCGUCCUCUCCUCCGCCUGGGAUCGAAAUCAAAGCUUUCCCUCUUGUGUGCGUCUGUUUACCGGAGCACUGGCAAAAGACAAUCGACAAUGAUCCGCAGGGGUCGGAUUUCGCAGGAUUUUCGAGUGAUCAACCCGAGGAAACGGUGAGCGGCCGAUUACAUGAUGAGGAUCCGCGCACACCUGAGCGAAAAAUCACCCAAAAGGGCUCCAGCCGCUUUCGAGAAGAUUUGAAUGUUCCUCGGUCUGGAAAAACAUCAUCGCCGGCCUCCUUUUAA